AUGACGGAUUCUGUCUAUACUGGAGAAGAUUUUGCUGAUAAGGUCAAGAAGCAAGUGGAGUUCUACUUUUCGGACUCCAAUCUUCAGACGGAUCGUUUCUUGUGGAGAAUUUACGAGGCCAACGAUGGAUGGGUCGAAUUGAAGACCAUCUUGACUUUUGGUCGUAUGAGACAGUUUAGACCCGAAGAGAAGGUUAUUGAGGCUUUGAAGACCUCGGAUAAAUUGACUUUGUCUGCUAAUGAGGACAUGAUCAGAAGAACUGCUCCUUUGAAGGAUUUCAGCGAGUUGAAGAACACCAGAAAAAGAAACUCAGUGCACAUUGAGGGGUUCCCUACUGGUGUUUCUCAGGAGGAGUUAGAAGAGUGGGUCAACACCAAAAUCGUGCCCAACUUGCCUAAGGAAAAGUCUGUGUCCUCCAUCCGUAGAAUCAGAUCGAGAUCCAACAAGGAAUUUUUUGGAGUUGUGGACGUGGAGUUCAGAACUUUGGAGGACGCCGAAUACUUCUUGGGUGUUGCCAUUGCAUUCCCACAGGGUAUUGUUGCGGAUGGCGAGGUUGACGAGAAGGAUCACUUGAAGAAGAUGUCGCUCUUGACCUUCAGAGAGAUGAGAGAGUCUGGUAAGAGAUUCGGAGUCAACGAGGUUACCAAGAGACGUAACUCUUUCAAGGAUAACCAGAGGAAGAAAUUCCGCAAGGGUAGAAACGAUUCCGAGGCUGUAAGCGAAGAGGAUGAGAAGAAGGAGGAGACCAAGGAGGAGACCAAGGAGGAGACCAAGGAGGAGACCAAGGAGGAGACCAAGGAGGAGACCAAGGAGGAGACCAAGGAGGAGACCAAGGAGGAGACCAAGGAGGAGACGAAGGAGGCUAAGGAGUAA